GAAUGGCACAGCCUGCGCCUAGGGUUCCCGAUCUCUGUCUAAGAGAGCACAAGCUCCAGCCCAUCAAAAAGGUAUGAGAAGAUUGGGAUAUACAUAUUCACUUAGUGAUCCUAUUCCCAAUCAGACUCACUACAAUGAUGAAUACAGCUGGAAGGCAUAUUCUAAAGAAGAUUUAAUCGUACCUGGGACUUCGAGAGGACUCAGGAGUGACAAAUCUUACCCUAAUCAAGGCUUUUUUCCGUGGACACUACCUCAAGGUCAGCAAACGACAGCAUUAAGGGACUGCCCCCCUUGGAAAAUCCCAUCUUCGAUGGCAGACGUUAAGAAAGCAAUAGCAAAUCAGUUUGUUUCCAUUACUAAGAGAGACUUUGUGGACAUAGCAGAAGCUCAGAAGAUUAAGAAAAGUUCUCUGUUGUCUAUGGAAUGGAAAAAGUUAAUUCCUCAGCCUCUAAACACCGAAUUUCGACGAAAUUACCAAAUUCCAGCUAAAAUUCCUGAGCUUCGGGAUUUUAGUUUCAAAUAUGGAUGCUACGCGAGCCUGCCAAUUGCUUCUCAGGGUCUAGUCCCAUCCGUGCUGCACAGCUACAUGAGGAACCAGGCACGCACCAGGAAGCAGACCACGUACCAGAGCGAGUUCGAGAGGGCACAGCUGGACUUCCUGGCCCUGCUGCACUCCUUCUCCCCCACGCAAGUCAAAGAGUAUCUUCAGACUGUUCCCUAUGAAGACAGACAAAUUCUUAAUCGCUUUAUUUGUUCUUACUGUGAUGCUGACAAAAGGAAGAAAUGAAAAAGGAAAAUAGUUCCAGUGAAUAAAAUCCAGAAAUCAAUGGAAGCACUAGGACCUGCCUGGUUAUUUUUUCAAUAAUGAAGAAAAAAAUAAGAUACAUAUCACUCCAAAUACAUUGCGAUAGUCAUGAGUUUGUAUACCUUGCUUUGUUUUAUUUUUAAAUAAUAAAAUCAUUUGAGGCUACAAAUUUUCCUCUAAAUAUAACUUUAGCUGUAUUAAAUGGGUGUGAUAUAUAUUUUUUCUUUUCCCUUUAGGAUCUUUAAAGGUUCCAUUUUGAUUUCCUCUUUGAGCCAGGAAUUAUGAGAAAGAGAUUUCUGCUUUGCAUCUUUCUUUUUUUUGCAGUUUUUGGCCGUGGCUGGGUUUGAACCCACCACCUCCAGCAUAUGGGGCCAGCACCCUACUCCUUGAGCCACAGGUGCUGCCCCAGAAGAGAUU